GUCGUAUCAUAAUAAUAUGUACUCGAGUACCGGUAUGAUACUAUAUAACUCUCCAUCAUACACCGCACCGCCAACUGGGAUCCCAUUCUCUCCACUUUCACAGCCCUUCACUGCAUGCCGCGCGUCCCCUAGUAGUCUCUCGCCUCGUUUCCGCGCGUCAUCCCCUCCUGCCCCUUACUGCAGACCAAACCUCACCGGCGCCAAAGCUCCAGUGGAUACAUAUAAUACUCUACUCCCACCUCCCUCGACACCUGUCAACCAGUACCCCGACCCCACUCACUUCCCUCCCUGCUCGCUCUCGACUUCUGUUUCCCCUUGUCCUUGCCCAUCCAUAUACCCUCGAGCCGGAUAGCUCUGCAUCCUCGCUCCUUUGCCAAACGAGGCGUCAACGUCUGAUGGCGCCCAGACCGUCCGAUGGAGAGUUCCAAUCGAGGACCCAACAGAGCCCGUUGGCUUCGGAGCGAGGUUCCGAAACUCAGGGAACGGCUCCGGAGAAAAGGACCAUGAAGUUUCCGAAUAACUUGUUCCCGCUAGGGUAUAAGGAAGGAUUCACUCAAUGGUGGACAGCGGUAUCUCCCACAGUUGCGGAAUCUGCGGUUCUCGGAUUCCUACCGUUCAACAAAAAACCAGCUCCUGCAACAUCCACGCAAGAGGGCGGCGCGGAAACCACUGCCGACCCACCCUCAGCGGAUCGACACGGUCCACGAGAAUGCGCUUCGAAUUUGGUCCCGCUCUCGGGGAAGAAUCGUAUCAUCAACGAGUUUAGUAUAACCCGUACUGCGGAGGGGUCACCCGAGAAUCAUCUAGUGAUGCUCCAUGGCUAUGGCGCGGGCCUUGGUUUUUUUUACAAAAACUAUGACCAGCUCUCCCGAAGGCCUGGAUGGAAGCUCUGGUCACUAGAUCUGCUCGGCUAUGGCCGUUCCUCCCGACCUCCUUUCACCAUUAAGUCUAAGGAUUCCGAGGGAAAAAUUACAGAGGCGGAGGAAUGGUUUAUUGAUGCUCUGGAGGAAUGGCGGGAGGUCCGGGGGAUUGAACGAUUCACUCUUAUGGGGCACAGUUUUGGUGGCUAUCUUGCGAUGCGCUACGCCCUCAAGUACCAGAACCGGGUGAACAAGCUUAUCCUGGCCUCCCCCGUGGGUGUUCCGGAAGAUCCUUAUGCCGUCCGCGGAGAUCUCCCGGAUGAGGGCGCCGGAGGGGAUGGGGGUGCCCUUGGUCAAGAGUUCGUGCAAACCCAGGGGGAGGCAACCCAAAGCAACCCGAACCUCCCCGAUUCGAGCAAAGUUCCCACGGAUUCAUACUCAUCCCCCUCAGCGCCCGCGUCAGCGUCCGCAUCGACCACCUCGUUAGGAGACAAGAAUGUCAACGCACCGACACCGAGGAGGCCACUCCCGAAAUGGCUAGUAUGCCUUUGGGAGGCGAACAUUUCCCCCUUCUCGUUAGUGCGUUGGUCGGGGCCCCUUGGUCCUCGACUGGUUAGCGGUUGGACAUCUCGUCGAUUUAACCAACUUCCCCCAGAGGAAUCUCGCGCCCUGCAUGACUACGCAUACUCGCUCUUCCGCCAGCGCGGAUCCGGAGAAUACGCCCUUGCCUACAUUUUAGCGCCCGGAGCGUACGCCCGACGGCCCCUCCUCUGGCGCGUCCAGGACCUGGCAAAGGUCAACAGGUUCGGCAUCCCGAGUGUUUGGAUGUACGGCGAGAUGGACUGGAUGGAUAUUGCCGGUGGAUAUGCGGCGCAGGAGAAGAUUCAGAACACCCCGGUAGAGGAAGGGCCCAGUUGGGUUGGCGGUGAGGAAUGGCGUGCGGGAAAGGAGGGCAAGGGCGGCGAAGCCAAGGUUCUCGUGGUGAGGAAUGCGGGGCAUCAUCUCUAUCUGGACGGGUGGAGGGAGUUUAAUGGCCUAGUGCUGAAGGAGAUGGAGGAUGUGGAGAAGAGGGAGAAUUUGAGAAGGCAGGUGGCAUAGGUUAUAUAUAGAGAGGGUUGGCCGAAAUGAUCUGGGAUUUUGGUGUACGGUACUGCAAUGCGGGGUUCUUUUUUCUUUUCUUUCCCUUUUCCCUUUUUCUUCCGUUUCACGGGCAGAUUUUGUGUAUGUGUUGGUAUAAACAUCUAAAUUUCUGAUAUCAUAGACUGGCGGGAUUGUGGGGGGGUUGGGGUAUGGUUAGCCUUUCAGCUACGGUAAUGGCCAAGGUGCGAUAAACCACGACCUGUAGUCUACGAGCGAAGAGCACACACCACAACGACGUCUGGGAAAGUGCUGUACAUGCCAAAAUCCCACAGUAUCAUAGCAAUAACUCCAAAAGCUCAUCCAUACAAGCUCUUGGCGGUCCCGCUACGCACCACCGGGGUACUGUGAGUAUCACCGCCCUGUAGGCAAGCUUGGCCUGAAUUUCACUUUUACCUUACCGGGACUCUGGCCCUACGCAGAAACUACCCGUGCCCGUCCAGUUAAAACCCCAUCAGCCAAGCCGCCCUGUACAAUGCCAAACAAACGCCCUUCCCGCACACAAGCACGAGGGGCGCUCGGUCUCCCCACCACCACUAGCGCUCCUUCGCAACGAAAACAUAACCAAACCAACUCCGCCGCCGUCAACAACGCGGGCACUCUACCCGAGUAUCAUACUCACCCCCGGUAGACUUACUGCUAUGAUACUAUACUGCGCCGCUAUAUCUCUCCAUCCAUCCACCGACCAACCAACUUCCCCAUCGAAAGCCGAUCGGCGAACACACCCUUGCCCUUCCUUCCUUCCUUACUUUGACCGCCCACGAAUGAGUGAGUAUAGUACGAGUACUAAUACUGUAGAUACCGGGAUGAAGUCUUCACACAUGGAUUCGGCGAUAACACGGGACGGGUGUGGGACCCUGCGUAGAAAUAGAUUAGCUUACGGUAGCUUAUUUGACCCAGGCAGGGUGCCUGAAAUGAUCCCUGCAAGUUUUUUUCUUUCCCGCAAUAACAGUAAGUUAAUAUAAUACGGUAGUUGCACUCACAAUGCUAGUGACUUACAGUAACCUCCGAGAGCAAGUCUAUAAUUAUAAUACAACGACAGUACUGUACUUGUACAGUACAGUAUCAUACACCACCGCUACACCUCCACACAAGUGAAUUUCAAGAUCAGCCUCUCACAACC